ACAUCCCUAACAAAGUUUAACCCAUAACCUCAAAAAUGAGGUCGUGGGCAAAAUUAAUAUUCCUGGAUUCUAUCAUUAUUUAAACAAAACGAAGAAAAUUUGUGUGAAACGGAUAUCUAAUAACACUUAAGCUUUAAAUUCUUAACUCUUGGGUUCCGAUUUUCAAUCCCCCCAAAAAAAAAACCGACGAUGAAGCUAACACAAAUUUUGUGCAAGCAGCACAUGGGAAGAUUUAUCAGGAGACAUUGGUUUAUACAAAGUAAUCGAACAGUUCUAGAAGAUGGAGCAGAAAUCGCUCUUAAAGAGAGAGGAAUACAAGUUAUGGAUCCUCAGGAAAUUCUCAAGCCAAAAAUAGUUCACGAAAGGCUCGAAUUUGCCAAACCACUUAGAAAAGUUGUGCCGAAAAACGAUGAAACGCAUGAGGAUUGGCACGAUUCUCCCUGUUUAAUGUAUGGAGACAAUGAUCUUUUAUUAGAGGGACUCCCUCAGGCAAGACUUUUAACAAAAGCUAUUCAAAUUCAAGAUCAACUCCCUGAAAGAGUCGAAACUUUAGUUAAAGAUUGUCCCGAAGAUGUGAAUGAUCUCGUUUUGAGGUCUAUUUCUACUUCGAAUUUAUUCGAUGCCCAUCAAGAACUCCUGCCAAAACUUAAAGAUCCUGAGAGACCUGCCUGGAAUUAUCCUCGGUUCUUGGGAAUAACCAGCGCUAGAAAAUCAUUUAAUUUGUUGCAUAAAUUUUUGCAACUUUGUGAGUCCAUCAGUGGACCAAAAGUGGCUUAUACUCGAAGUAUUAUCGAAAGGGGAAUCGUUUCUGUCCCAAUAGAGAAGGACCUUGACUUUUUUCAAUUUAAUUUGACGAUCGACUUAGCCGUGAAUUCAGGUUCACCUUUAACACCAUUUGCCGAAAAAGGAAUCGAUCAGGAGAUGCCAAAUCUGUACCCAUUAAACCAGAAUAUUAGUUUGCGGAAGGAAAACAUUUAUAAAAUCAGGAAUAUGUAUCCGAUUUCAUGGGAUCAUCCAAAGCCCCAUGUGCACACAAUUCUGAUCCACCACGACCCAGUUGAGGUGAAGAAUCUGACAGAACUGCCAACCAGAGAAACGCAAAUUCUUGCGCGUAACAUGUUAAAAGCCUUCUCAGCGGCGGCGAGUUGCGCAAGAAGAAGAUUCGGGGAUUCCAUAGAAGAUCUUCCCGAGCCGGUUACAGUCCAGUGCAUCCAGACUGAAGGCAAAACUUUCCACUUUUCUGUAUUUCAGCUCAAUACGCUCAAUCUCAAUGGAACUGAGGGCACCAAAAAUUAUUGGUGGACAUCCCCAAGACUUAAUCUUUAUGAUAAAGCAGAGUAUUUCGACGGAAAACCGCUCAUCGAUGGAUACAAUCCUGAAGUAUUUAAAAGGAUAUUCGCAUUUUAUAAUAAUAAUUAGGGUUCAUAAAUCAUUUAAACAGCGCUAGUGUUUAUAUUCUUGUUAAUAAAUUCUCGUUUUAAUAAAUAA